CCACCCCGACCCGGCCGACAACGCGCCGUGCGCCUGCGCACGACUUCCCCAUGUGUGCUCCAGCCGUCAGCCGGCCCAGCUGAGCAGCAGCAACGGACCUUGUUACCAGCGCAGCAGCCUCCAUCGCUUGCUGUUGCCCUCCUCUCUCGGUGGUCUGUCCGCACAGCGCACGUCACCAUGGGCAAGAGCCGGACGAAGCGCUUCAAGCGACCUCAGUUCUCCCCUACGGGCGACUGUCAGGCCGAGGCGGCUGCAGCGGCGAAUGGGACCGGAGGCGAGGAGGACGACGGGCCGGCGGCGGAGCUGCUGGAAAAGCUCCAGCACCCGAGCGCCGAGGUCCGCGAGUGCGCCUGCGCAGGGCUGGCCCGGCUGGUGCAGCAGCGGCCGGCACUCCCGGGCCUGGCGCGGCGAGACGCCGUGCGCCGCCUCGGGCCGCUGCUGCUGGACCCCAGCCUGGCCGUCAGGGAGACUGCAGCCGGCGCGCUGAGAAAUCUCAGUGCUUGUGGAGGUUUUGAAGUUUGUGAUAACAUGGUGACUAAGGAUAUCAUGACCCCUCUGGUUGCGCUGCUAAAAGAGUGUAGUGCUGGACUGGAUUCAAAUGAGAUGUCUCUACAGGAGAAAAAAGAUCAGAACAGAAAUUCUAUUGAGAACAUAGCCAAUGAGGCUGUGAACGUGCUGUGGAAUAUAUGUGAAUGCAGUAGUAGAGCAGUGUCUAUAUUCAACAAAGAAGGGUGUUUGGAGAUUGUGUUAAAGUAUUUAAGUAGGUUUCCUACCAAUGUUGACCUGGCUAUUUCAGUAGCAUAUUGUUUGCAGACAGUGACUGAGGAUAACCCAGAGCUGCUGAAGUCUUUCAGUGCUACAGCAUUGAACAUGCUGGAAUCAGCACUGCUUUCUCCUGUCAGUUCCAUGGAAUCCCUUCUAUUGAAGACAUUGGUAGCAGGCACAAUUUGGAAUCUAAAGGACAUUAUUCCAUGCAAGAGUCAAGCAGAAAUCAUAAAUGCCUUACUAAAGAUCUUAUCUGAAGUUUUGGGAAUGGAUGCUGGUGAAAUGGUUAUUCAAAUGAAAGAGACUGAAACGCAGAGGUUAAAAACUGCUGCAGAGGCUGAGGAAAUAUUAGAGAACACUAAUGGGGAUGCUUUGAUUGAAGAUGAUGAAAUGGAAGGAAUUUCUCAUAAAAGAAAGGUCAGAAGGAAAACUUUCGUUUCAGAUUUACUUCCGCCCACUGACAAGGAACUGAGAGAGACUGUAGCAUUGCUGACAGCCCAACAGACUGCUCUGGAAAUUAUCGUCAACAUGUGCUGCAAUGAAGAUCCCUCUGAUGACGAAUGGGAAGAGCUUUCUAGCAGUGAUGAAAGUGAUGCAUUUAUGGAGAAUUCUUUCAGUGAGUGCGGGGGACAGCUGUUCUCUCCCCUCUGCCUCUCCCAUGAGGUUCACACGGCUCUCACCAACUACCUCAUCCCAAAGAAGAUUUUUGAGAAAACUGCCUUUCCAAACAGCAUUGCAGUUGACCUAUGUUCUAGGAACCCUACUUGGAAACCUUUGAUUAGAAAAAUGAACACUAUUCAGUGCAGAGCCCUCUUCUGUCUCCAGAGUCUUGUGUCCCUCCUGGAUGUGGAGCACCUGGGAGGAGCCGCAGCCCUUCAGACGCUUGCACAGCAUCUGUCACAGCUGCUUUUUUCUCAACCAGAUUUUGCUAAACAUGUUGACUUUCUAGAAGCCAUAAGUAGUGCUUUGAGGGCCCUUUUGCAAACAAUGGCCUCCAAGAACAUUACCCAGUGCAUGACUCCUGAUCAGCUGAUGACAUUAUGCAAAGCAGGCAUUCAUAGUAGUAAUGUCGGGGUUAGAGUGAAUGUCGUUAGCAUUUUAGGAAUCACUGGCAGCGUCCUUGCCAAAGAAGAUGGUACACUUGAAACUCUUAAGAACAUUGGGUGCUUUCUGCUUGAAGUUACCACCAAAGAUCCUUCCCUUGUGGUAGCAGGAGAAGCUUUGGAUGCCCUCUUUGAUGUUUUUGCAGAUGGUAAAGAAGCUGAAAGAGCCUCGAUUCAAAUUAAAUUAUUAUCUGCUCUGAAAGAAUUCCAGCCGGUCUUUAAAAUGAAGAUACGUAAAGAAGGGAGAGGUAACUAUAGCACAGAUCAGCUCUGUGUUCUUGACAAUGUGAAAAUGAAUUUGAGGAGAUUUAUUGCUUAUCAAGAAACCGUUGAGAAAAGACUGACUUCUUAAACAAUCCAAAAAAGAAACCAGUUCUUCCCCCAAAGUAUUCAAUGCUUAGAAUACUAAAAGGUUUUCUUUGAAUGUAUAUGUUUCUGAAAGUCAUUUUUUAAUGCUUACAUUCUGUACGUUCUGUAAAAACUUCAAAACCUGGCCAGGCACGGGGGCUCAGGCCUGUAAUCCCAGCACCUUGGAAGACCGAGGCGGGUGGAUCUCUUGAGGUCAGGAGUUUGAGGCCAGCCUGGCCAACAUGGUGAAACUGCAUGCAUGAGCAUGGUGGCACAUGCCUGUAAUCCCAGUUACUCAGGAGGCUGAGGGAGGAGAAUCGGUUGAACCUGGGAGGCAGAGGUUGCAGUGAGCUGAGAUCACGCUACUACACUCCAGCCUGGGCGACAGAGGGAGACCCUGUCUCCGAAAAAAAAAAAAUCUUCAAAACCUGUCAGAAACUCUGUUGUUGGGUUUUUUUGUGUGUUUUUUGUUUGUUUUGUUUUGUUUUGUUGUUUUGUUGUUUUUUUGUUUUUUUGAGAUGGAGUCUCACUGCUACCCAGGCUGUAUUACAGUGCUGCGAUCUUGGCUUACUGCAACCUCUGCCAUUCCAGGUUCAAGCGAUUUUCCUGCCUCAGCCUCCCGAGUAGCUGGGAUUACAGGCACCCACCACCACACCUGGUUUUUGUUUUUUGUUUUUUGUUUUUUCAGUAGAGAUGGGGUUUCACCAUGUUGGCCAGGCUGGUCUCAAAUUCCUGACCUCAAGUGAUCCGCCCGCCCUGGCCUCCCAAAGUGCUGGGAUUACAGGCAUGAGCCACCAUGCCUGGCCAGAAACUCUUUUUCAAGUGUUGAGAUCUGUGUGGCAUUUCUAGCGCUCUCUAAAUUAUGUGUCUGGCAUAUUUUAAUCACUGGAAACUCAAAGAGUGGAAGAGUGGAAGUGCAAAGGAAUCUCAGGUAGCUCUUAACUGAUUCGCCAGCAGUGAAGAAACUUCAAUCAUGUUUUCCUUGAAUUUUGCAAAAAAAGAAAAUCCAAAGCAUUGCUUGGAUGGUCUUUUAAGGCAUUUUAUAUUAGCUGAACCUUAAACUGAAAUAUGAAAACAAGCUUUAUAAACUAGUUUUUUGAUAUGAAGUAUGUCAAUUAUGUUUGCCUUUUGUGAAGAAGUAAAUGAGUUGAAUUUGUAUUUCACUUACUAGAUUUUACUAAUGAGCUAAUGGGGUCAUUGCCAUCCUCGCUAUUCAUGACUUUGAUGAGUUAUUGCUGUAACAUCACUUCUUGAUUUAAUUUGAUAUGGAAUCAGAAUUGGGAGAAGGUAUUUUUAAAUAAACAACUUUUUAAUGGAAA